CGCGCGCGUGCGCGGGACGGGGGCGGGGCUAUGAUGCGUUACGCGGCGCGGAGCGGGCUGCGCGUUUGGGCCUGGCGCGGCUCCCGUCCCUCUGGGCAGGUGGCAGCUGCAGCCAUGGACCUGGGGCCCCUGAGGAAAAGCUACCGGGGGGACGAGGAGGCAUUUGAGGAGAAACAUCUCGCCUCCUUUGACCCGAUUAAGCAGUUUGCCAUGUGGUUUGAAGAGGCCAUGCAAUGUCCCUCAAUCGGCGAAGCCAAUGCUAUGUGCCUGGCCACCUGUACCAGGUGGGCAUUGCAAGACGGUCGCUGGCAAGGUGCUUGCUGGCCCAGAAUCUCUCCUAUCUGCAUCUUUGGGGAUGGGAGGCCCUCUGCCCGCAUGGUGCUCCUGAAGGGGUUUAGCCAGGAUGGCUUUCGAUUCUUCACUAACCACGAGAGCCGGAAAGGAAAGGAGCUGGAUUCCAAUCCUUUUGCCUCAGUCGUCUUUUACUGGGAGCCCCUUAACCGCCAGGUGCGUAUCGAGGGCUCUGUGGAGAGACUCCCAGAGGAGGAAUCGGAGCACUACUUCCACUCCCGGCCCCGAAGCAGCCAGAUCGGGGCAGUUGUGAGUUGCCAGAGCACAGUGAUUCCUGACAGGGAGUAUUUAAGGAAGAAGAACACAGAACUGGAAGAGCGGUACCGGGAGGGAAUUGUGCCAAAGCCUGUGUACUGGGGGGGAUACAUCCUGAAACCAGACGUUGUGGAGUUCUGGCAGGGCCAAACCAACCGCUUACAUGACCGCAUCGUCUUCCGGCACCUCCGGGACGCCACUGCCCCCACGGGACUCAUGACACACAAGGGAGAGGGGAACUGGGUGUAUGAGAGGCUUGCCCCUUGAAGGCCAAGAGCUAGAUCAUUUCACAUAGGGACCUGGGAUAUAUUCAGUACCCUUCUGCCCCCCCACCCCCUUCCCCAGGAGCAGCGGAGAAUGGGGUACGGCCCCCUUGCUCCUGCACUUCACAGGGCAACUAUCUUAACUUUUACAAAACCAGGCAAUAUCUGGGGUGCUCAGAGGUACCAGAUUGACAGCCCUGGAGACUGAAGCCCUCUAUCUAUCCCAGUGUGAGCUUCCCCCGCCAAGAUAUGUCUGCCCUGACGUAAAGGGAUAACUCUGGGCAUGGGGUCAGUUUAGUCUCCAUAGGGGGGGCAGUUAGUACCAACUGUGGUGGUUUCUGUAUCGUGUGGAUGCUGCUUUACAGGGAAUUGGGCUGAGACCCGCCAAACUCAUUUCACAGAGAGGCCAUUGGCUAGUGAUUCUCUUGGACCUCUUGUUGAUUAUAUGGACCCGCCUGCCAAGGGGGUGGCUGACACAAAACCACAGGCAGGCUGGCUCUCCUGGACAGCCUCUCUGUAAGUGCCUCCUGCCUAAGGGCCUCCCUGUUUUAGCCUGCCAGUCCUCAAGGGCCAACAUGACAUGGGGAGCAGAGGUGUUGUGUGGUCGUGUGCUGUAAUCAGGUGUUUAAUUUUGUCCAGUGCUGCUUUGAGUGCAAUAACGUAACCGAUUCUGGAUGCAGACAGAGAAGUCAUGUUGUUGGUAAUGUCUGUAGCCGUAUGAUCUGUGUGUAAUCUCUGUGUAUAAUCCCUGCUGGACUCCAGCCUGGGGAUACCGGCAUGUCUCGCAAUGCCUCUGGGCUUAGAGCUGCUUUUAUCAGUGCUGCUGUGUAACGCCUCCCUAAAUGUAUAAACUCACAAAUAAAGUCCAAGCUGAUGGGGAAGGGGA